UUUGCUUGAUUUGUGAUUUCUUUGUGGUUGGAAGAGAUUUUAGACCAAAAUAUUUGGGUUGCUUGCGUGCACUUUGGAUUUUACAGCUUUGUUCUUUUUAUCAGUGUUGGUUUUAGAGCUUGGCGUCAUCUCCUCGUUGGGUUUUUUUUACCCCUUUUCUAUCAUUUCCUCGCAGCUAUAAAUGUGACACCCGUGUUAUUUUUUCAGUUCUUUAAAAAAAAAAAAAAAAUUAUUGAAUUGCUUGUGAUCUAGUUCACUUCUGCUGGAAUGCAUCUGUAUCAGGAACUGGGAAAGCUAUCUUCUUUAUUGAUUUCCUCAAUGCUUUGUUUGUUUGGCUACCGAGAAAAUGUGAUAAAGCAAUUAAAAGAGCCUCAAGAAGUAGUUUGAGUCUUUCAGGUUACAUAUGAUGGAACACUCGGUUUGAGGCCAUACUGUUGUCAGUCGUCCAGUGAAAGCUCAAAUCUUAAAGGUUGAUUUUCCAUUAAUAGAAUAGAAACGUGAAAAUGAGCUUCAUUUUAAGAAGGCAUACUUUACCAAUGGGAUUAUCCAGAAAAGCUGUGGUGGCCCUAAAUCCGAUUAACAUCAAUACGUUCACUCAAAGAUUUAGUCAACCUGCAAGGGAGGAGGAAGAGGGGGAAGAAGUGGAGAUUGAUCAGAAAAGGCUCCCAACUGAUUAUGAUCCAGCUACUUUUGAUCCCACAGAGCAUCGUAGUCCUCCAACUGAGCGUGUAUUUAGGCUUGUAGAUGAAGUCUCAGGACUCACAUUGGCUGAAGCUUGCCAGCUGGGAAGCAUUAUGAUGAAAAAAAUGGGAAUGAAGGACCCACCAACAGUUGGGGUCAUGAAACCAGGAGCUGCGGGUUUGGCUGGAAUUGCAGCAAAGGCACCUACAGCAGCCAAGGAGGAGAAGAAACCAGAGAAGACUGUUUUUGAAUUAAAACUUGAGUCCUAUGAAGCAGCUUCAAAGAUCAAGGUAAUCAAGGAGGUUAGGAGUUUUACUGAUUUGGGUCUCAAGGAAGCCAAAGACUUGGUGGAGAAGACCCCAUCAAUUUUUAAAAGGGGAGUAUCGAAAGAAGAAGGUGAGCAAAUAAUUGAGAAGAUGAAAACUCUUGGGGCCAAGGUUAUCAUGGAAUGAAAGGAAACUGAUACAAAAUUCGUGACUCCCUGCUUUCCAAGCCAAGUCCUUUUGUUGGCACUAAAGAUAUAAUUUUGCCAUGCAAAUUCUGAGGUAGAAAGGUGGUUGAAAUCCUGGCGUAUGGAUGAAAGGAUUUGGAAAUCUUUUGUUUGUCAGGAUAUAGUCUUAUCAAUAUAUUGCGUAUUUUUAGUCUAGAUGUGAUGUCCAUUGAUUUUACAAUUAUCGGCCCUAUUCGAGGUCAUUUCUUUGAGAUCGAAAACCCUUUUUGAGAGUUUACAUUUCUUUGGGUU